AUUCCCCCUUGUGGUCUGUCUGUCUGUCUGUCUCUGUCUUAUGACGCAUCCAACUCUCUCCAUCUAUGUUACUCUACCAGAGAGGUAUCUGACUAAUUAUUGAUUCAACUAACUUCACUUUUGGCUUUUCUACCUUACUUGAUCUACUGAGGUUCUAUAUCCGACAUUUCUUCAAAACACUUACAACACCCCACCUAGCCGACGCGCCCGCUUGGGCUGCAUCAUCACCACAAUCAUGGACGUCGUUGCUGCAGUAUCCGGGUACAUCUCCAAGAUGGUCACCACGGGAGACACAGCAUCGGCUACGGGAUCUUCAUCGUCAACCAAGAUGAAGAUCUUGCUUCUCGACAGUGAGACAGUGGGAUCUGCGUUCUACUGCCGAGUGCAGUGAAAGCUCAAUUUGGAGGCUGACUCUUGUAAUGCACAGAUGCCCAUUGUAUCGACGGCUAUCACACAAUCAGCCCUUUUGAGUCAUGAAGUAUACCUCAUCGAUCGCUUGGACAAUACCGCCCGCGAAAAGAUGCGACAUCUGCGUUGUCUGUGCUUCGUGCGCCCGUCCCCGACUUCCAUCCAAUUCCUCAUCGACGAGCUUCGUGAGCCCAAGUACGGAGAGUACCAUAUUUACCUGAGCAAUAUUAUUCGCAAGUCUUCCUUGGAGCGACUGGCGGAAGCAGAUGGGCAUGAAGUGGUGCGCGUGGUGCAGGAGCACUUUGCCGACUUCCUUGUCGUCAACCCCGACCUGUGCUCUCUGAACCUCGGGUUUCCGAACCAGCGAUUGUGGAGCCACUCGCCGGACCUGUGGAAUGCAGACGCUUUGCAGCGAGCGACAGAAGGCGUGAUUGCCCUGUUGCUGGCGCUCAAGAAAAACCCUCUGAUCCGCUAUGAGAAGAACAGCUUGUUGGCUAAGAAAUUGGCUACAGAAGUCCGCUACCAGGUGACUCAGGAGGAGCAGUUGUUCAAUUUCAGGAAGACCGACACGCCUCCUAUUCUGCUUAUUCUGGACCGAAGAGAUGACCCCAUCACGCCUUUGUUGACGCAGUGGACAUACCAGGCGAUGGUUCACGAAUUACUGGGAGUCACCAACGGACGAGUAGACCUGCGCGAUGUGCCUGACAUUCGACCCGAGCUCCGGGAAAUUGUCCUUUCGCAGGACCAAGAUCCGUUCUUCAAGAAGAACAUGUAUCAGAACUUUGGCGACCUGGGUCAGAACAUCAAGGAGUACGUCGAGCAGUAUCAGACGAAGACUCAGAAUACCAUGAACAUCGAGUCCAUUGCGGACAUGAAGCGCUUCGUGGAAGAUUACCCCGAGUUCCGCAAACUCUCCGGUAAUGUGAGCAAGCACGUCACGCUGGUCGGCGAGCUCAGCCGACGAGUUGGGGAGGAUAACCUACUCGACGUCAGUGAGUUGGAGCAGAGUUUGGCCUGCAAUGACAAUCACGCGAAUGACCUCAAGACACUACAGAGAAUCAUUCAGCUAUCCACGGUACCGGCGGAGAACAAGAUCCGCUUGGUAGCCCUAUAUGCCCUCCGAUACGAAAAGCAGCCUUCCAAUGCCCUUCCGGUUUUACUUGACCUCUUGGUAACAGCAGGGGAUGUUCCCUCCUACAAGGUCAACAUCAUACCGAAGCUUCUUGCCUAUCAUCAUUCUCUCCAGGCACCCCGGUUGCGGGGACUCAAAGGUGUCGAAAAUGUAUACACACAACACUCACCGCGACUUGAAGUGACACUACAAAAUCUCAUCAAAGGCAGAUUGAAAGAGUUACAGUACCCCUUCCUCGAAGGCAGUAGCCACAUUCGGGAGAAGCCACAGGACAUCAUCAUCUUUAUGAUCGGCGGUGCAACCUACGAAGAGGCCAAGAUGGUGGCCCAAGUCAAUGCUAGCUCACCUGGAGUGCGUGUGGUAUUAGGAGGCACGACCAUCCACAACAGUACCUCUUUCUUGGAAGAAGUUGACGAUGCUGUGAGCGGGUGGCCUGAGCCUGGCCCUUCCACGGCCGCUGGACGGCUUCGAAGAGAGAUCGGACGAUAGAUGCCGAUCGCGUUGUUUCUGUCUUACAGUUCGUCCCUUGGGGCGCUGGCGGUUGAUUAAUGGUGGCAUUACUCUGCUUAAAGUAAAUAGUUAUUAUAUCCCUGACGGAUGUCAUUAAUUUAACAGCUCAUGAAUAGAACGAGAGAGCAUGAAU